GGUUCUCCUGUUCACCUACAGCCUUCUCCAUUGUCAACGACCACGUCGACGAAAAAGCAUCAAUCACAAUGGGAAAAUGGUCUGUCACUUUCGCGCAGAGUCAAUCUGAGAGCAGUCGCUAGAUAUUUCGACGUCACUUCGCGUCAAUUGGAACAGGACCACAGAGUACUAUGACGAUGUCCUUGCUGGAAAGAUCAAAAGCCUAGUGGAAGGUGCCGUGAAGCGCUCACGACUUGAGUUGGGUCCUUCGUCUAGUUCGGCGUCUGAGACUCCGUCUAUGACCUACGAAGCAUUCGUCGAGGACCUAGAUCCUGGCGAUUCAUUUACGACUACGCUCGUUGAGACUCUAGUGAAGGAACUCUCCAACCGCCGCAUCCGAAAUUCGUCAUCCGAAAAGCGUCUUAUUUCAGACCCUACUGCCAAAUCACUUCGUCAAAUGGCUAUGCCGUCUCGUGUAUAUAGGCCUGCGUCCAGCGCAUCGUCGUCGUCUUCGUCUUCAUUAGGCUCGACCCCUCAGCCACCAUCACGCACCUUCAAUCCCUACUCGAUCAGCUCUCUCCGUUCCGCACACGCAAGCUCCCAUUCUCAUGGUCUGCUUCGUUCCUUUGGAAUACAGGGGCCACAGUCGCCGGGUGUUGAAGCUCAUGCGCAAGACCCGCCAUCAGGUUCAUCCAAUACCCACUCGUACUCCACGGCACCGCUCCAACGAAGCUGGUUGGGAAAUGGAGCUACAAGGAGCAGGUUGCGACUAGCAGAUUAUCUGACGGUACCACCGGACGAGAUGGAAGUCGAUCCUGGAACCGAAGUCGUGGCAAUUGGGGAAUCGGGGAGAGAAGUAGAGAUCUCACGCCGUGACGAUCUCGAGAGGUUGGCGGGCCUAGGUGAGAUGCACUUCAGAGGGCGUGUUAGGCGCGAACCGAACAGCCCGGUCACUCGUCGUUCUGGUUCAAUGCCACCAUUGGCCGAUCCUUUGGAAGGAGAUGAUGACCACGACGGUGAUACGGAAGUCGAUAUUGACGGCCUUCUAGAUCAUGCCGGAGUCAGUGGUGGGGUGAUGGAGGGUGUGAGAGUUGAGAACGAGGCUCUAUUCGAUGCGUUGACUGGUGGCGGCAAUGCUUCCAACUAUCCUUGGCACGAACCCGCUUCACCGCCAGGGUUCCACUCCUCACCCCCCGAACUCGUCGACAUACCCAGCACAGUCAGCAGGUCAGAUGCACAGUCGACACCUCACUCCAACGCCCGUUCUCGCACGUCCGACUUCAACGACUUUACCAGUCGACGUCGUAUCUCCACUCGUGAGCGCGAAGGCAGUGAACCAGCCUCUACGUCUGAAGCCAGUCGAUUAGUUCCAAUUGUAGCCUCUCGCUCUACCCCCGGUAGCCGGUUUGGGAGCACUGGCCUGCGCUUCAGUUCCGCACCUGGCAUUCGGGCGCGUUCGUCGUGGCGGACCGAACGAGACGACGAUGCGAGCUCAAUCAAUCGCAGCCCAACUAGCCCGGGCUCGUCACGCCCUAUGCCUAGACGUAGGUUAGAGCAUCUACCACCCAGGAGGUCGACGCUCCCGACUCCUGAUUCAAGCAGCCCGCCAUGGGGUGCUGCUACUUACUUUUUGCCACCCCCUCUCCCGUCUACCACUGGUCCUGCAAUGCCGAUGGCUUCAACAGCGGGUGACGAAGUCCUUGCGCCACGUGUGGCGCCAGCGACCAUAUCGAGGGCUCUUCAAGCACAGUUCGAGCAAAGAAGGGAAAGGAGAAGGUUAGAUAACGGGAUGACGACGCUUGGGAUCCGAGCCUUGCGGAGAGAACAAGAGUUACGGACCUCACUUGCGGCUGGCAGUCGAGCCUCAACUUCUACUUCUGCCGCUGGUCCGAGCGUCGUGGACGAACACGGCGACGGUGCGAGUUCAUCUUCGAGUGCUACUUCCACCGGCCACAGCACUUCGAACAAUACGACCCAGCGCGACAGGGAGCGUUCCCAUCUCUCCUGGCUUACUAACUCCCCAUCUCACUCUCAUACCUCAGCGUCACUCUCACUCGCGCCUCUCCCGUCAUUCCACGUUCGCCCAUCGUCGAAUUCGUCGCCUCCGCCAUUCCCUUCCUUCCCUCUCCCUGCCGUCCCUGGCUUCGCGCACUCGUCGGGACCGAACUCUUACUACUCGUACCGUCCCGGAGAAAGUCAUGGCAAUGACCACGGGCAUAGUCCACCUCGAGGUUAUACAGAAUAUAGGCCAUUCACGGAACUCCCUCCACCUCUGGAGCCUCCGUCACCGACCGCUUCCAUGUCAGAACUAUACGCAGAUGUGGGGGAGAUCCUGUUUGGAGGGGACCGUAGUCCUGGUAGGGCGAGUACGACUGGCAAUGACCAUGAGAGGGUUUCAGCCGCUGGAGGCGGAAGUGGGACUGAGAUGGGUGCAGCUCCGCCGAGGUUGAGGAGGGGAGGCGUUCGUCCGCCUGAGAUGAUCUCGGCAUCGCUGGGGCAGGCUCAUGCUCAUCACGCGAGGGCACAGGAGGAAGUUGGUGGUACGAUCGGACGGGAAGCUGCGAGAGACGGGUUUGCAGGGGAGGAGGAUGAGGGUAUGCGAUGAGUUCGGGCUUGAUUGUCAGUUCGAAUAACAUUGCUUCAUUCUUCGACUAUUUCCCCUGUUUGUUGUUCACCGAAGGAUGUCCUGUUGAGGCCUUCGUCUUGGUUGGAUCGAUCAUAUGUAUGUAUGUGUGCAGGACUCGUGUAUGAUAGAUCACCUUGGUUGCGUCGUCGUUUCUUGAAACACUGGAGCGAAUACAACCAUUGGAACUUUAAU